GAUAGAGAAAGAGAAUAAUAAGAAGAAUCUCGUUGGCUUCCAUCUUCAGAUGUUCUUGUGAAUCUGUUCGUUCGUUCUCUGGAGAAAAAAAAAAAAAAAAAAAAAGAGAGAGGCUUUAUCUUAGCAAAAUGGGUAAUUGUUUGGAUUCAUCAGCUAAAGUGGAUAGUAGCAGCCGCCACAGUCCUCAUGCUAAUUCUGGUUCAUCGGGUUCAAGACCUUCUAGCAAGACGAGCCGUUCCACAGUUCCUUCAAGCUUAAGCAUCAAUUCCUACACUAGCGUAGAGUCUUUGCCUACACCAAGAACCGAAGGAGAGAUAUUAUCAUCGCCCAAUCUCAAAGCUUUCACCUUUCACGAGCUCAAGAGCGCUACUAGGAAUUUUCGACCUGAUAGUCUUCUAGGCGAAGGAGGUUUUGGUUAUGUCUUCAAAGGCUGGCUUGAUCGUACGACUCUUACCGCUUCCAAACCUGGUUCUGGUAUCGUUGUCGCUGUUAAGAAGCUUAAAACCGAAGGUUUUCAAGGUCACAAGGAGUGGCUGACUGAAGUGAACUAUCUUGGUCAGCUUAGUCAUCCAAAUCUCGUCAAGCUAGUUGGUUAUUGUGUAGAAGGUGAAGACCGGUUGUUGGUGUAUGAGUUCAUGCCAAAAGGAAGCUUGGAGAAUCAUCUUUUUAGACGUGGUGCGCAGCCACUAACAUGGGCUAUAAGGAUGAAAGUUGCCAUAGGAGCAGCCAAGGGGCUUACUUUUCUUCAUGACGUUAAAUCGCAAGUGAUAUACAGAGACUUUAAAGCUGCCAACAUUCUACUCGACGCUGAGUUCAAUGCUAAGCUUUCAGACUUCGGUUUAGCUAAAGCAGGUCCUACUGGUGAUAGGACACAUGUGUCCACACAAGUGGUUGGUACUCACGGUUACGCAGCCCCUGAAUAUGUAGCCACAGGGCGGUUAACUGCUAAGAGUGAUGUCUACAGUUUUGGUGUGGUGCUACUGGAAUUACUGUCAGGACGAAGAGCAGUGGACAAAUCUAAAGUAGGAGUGGAGCAGAGUCUAGUGGAUUGGGCAACACCUUAUCUUGGCGACAGGAGAAAGCUCUUCCGGAUAAUGGACACGAGGUUAGGAGGUCAGUAUCCUCAGAAAGGAGCAUACGUAGCUGCUAGUCUUGCAUUGCAAUGCUUAAACUCUGACGCAAAACUCAGACCGAAAAUGUCAGAAGUUUUGGCCAAGUUGGAUCAGCUUGAAUCAACAACAACUAAUAAACUUGGAACUGGUACAAGACAAGGUCUGAUUGAUUCUCCGAGAGGUAGCAAUGGAACCAGACAAGGUCUGAUUGAUUCUCCGAGAGGUAGUAACGGAUCUGUUGUACAGAAAUCUCCGAGGAGGUAUAGUUAUGAUCGGCCUCUCUUGCACAUAACUCCUGUUGCUUCUCCUUUGCCUUCUCACAAUCAAUCUCCUCGUGUAAGAUAGUAUCACUGUAUUAUAUGUUACACUAAUGCAUAUGUAUGUGCACGCUACAAUGGAUUUGGUGUUAUUCUUUUUUUUUUUUU